UUAUCUUCUUUAACUUAAAGUUGAAUUUUUGAAAUUGUGCAUUUUCGUUAUUUUUCAGGACCUGAAGGGUGUGACAUCAAUAUUCAAUCAUAUUUAACAUCCCCCGCUCCAUUCGUUGCCGCUGAAAUGGGGAAAUGGGAGCGCAGCUCGAAUCAAUCUGGCUGAAUUAAAGUGACUGACUGUUGCAAAGAGAAUACUUUUGUUUUAAGUUUGUCAUUAUAAGAGGGAGAAAAGCACGAGACACUAACUGUUUUAGCGGGUGUGCAAGUGGAAAGUUGGCAUAAGAAGACUUCUGUAGUCCAAAAACAAUUAUAGCGAAGGAGGGUGAGCACAUCGUUGCAGCUCACUCUAUAGGGUAGAAAAAUAGAAUAUACUAAAAUGCGUGCGGUACAAUAUGAUGAAUUCAAAUAACGAUCAAUGUAAGUUAAUUGUACCAGGAAAAUUUAUUUGAAAUAAUUAACGACGUUUCGAGCAUAGCCCGUGGAUAGAAAAAUAGAAGUUACUUUAUCAAGGAACACAGUUCUAUGGAUAGUGUUUUCAAGGAAGAGCAGUAUACAAUGGGUGUUAAUGUCAAUACGGUUAUUUGCUAAACAAUUUGAUCAGCUGUAUUAAAGACGUUGCGUGUUAAAAAUUCUUUUCGAAAGAGACUUGAACCUACUUUCAUUUGAGUUUCUUUAAGCACAACUGAAUACUCAUUUAUGCCGAAUGUUUAUCUUUUAUACGUUUUAUUAAACUGAUAAAUCUGGCCCGAAAUCAUGGAAUUGACUUUUAUUAACAAAAGUGUGAGCUUACAUAAAGUGCCAAGAAUUGAUAUAAUAGGUAGAACCUUUUUUGCAAGCAUCCGUUACGCUUUUGGAAUUGGGAUACUGUUUUUGUUCUAAGGGCUUUUUUUAUUAAUUCUCCUUGAAAGCAAUGAACAAAAGUAAGGUUAAGGUAAGGCCAAUACGGUAGGGUAAGCUACGGUAAUAAUUUUAGAAAAAUGGACCAACCACGUGAGUCAUCUCCUUUAACUGGAACAUGGCAAACUAUGUUAAAGUGAACAAUUAAGAUCCUCCAUGCAACUUAUAAAUUUGAUGGUUUGAAUAGCGUAGCGGGUAGCAGGAAAAAGGAUUGGACAUUUCUAUCUCUUUGUUCAUUUUAUGGAUGAAAUAUUUUAUGUGAGAGGAGAUUGUUAGCUUAUUAUCAGAAACAACACCAAUAUGUAAAUGCAUAUUUCGCAAAGAGAUCUUUAUGUCUUUAAAUUAGAUUUGGCAAGGUUUGAAGCUGCUCUUUUUCGAAAAAAAGCAGGUGCCUAAUUUGAUUUAAAGUUUCCGGAAUAAAGAAACCUACCAAGAUCAAUCGAAUAUUUAAACGCAUCACCUGCCAGUAUGUGAAAAUUUGAUCUCGAUCCGCCUGGCAGUCUAUUGACGUGAACAAGAAAUCAAAGAUGACCUAAAAUCGACCAUUGUGACACACUCGCUGGUACAUUUUCCCAUUAUGAAGCUUUGCCAUUGAUGGCCCACUAACUUAACAUCUACUGUUAUUUUCUGUUUUAGAAUGUUAUAAACUACCAAAAGUAUGAGAUAUGAUACUAUUUGUUGAGAAAUUGUGAGACUUUCAAAAUUUUUGAUUGCGACUAGAUAAGAAAGCCAAACAGCCAUUCAAAUCGACGGAAAAUUCUACAUUUUUUCAAAUUCAAUUGAUAUGAUUUUCUUGCAUCCAAUAUCGAGGGGUUUUUAUAUUUUCAGAAUAUUUGGCAGUCGUUUUUUAUAGCCAGCUUCAUGCAAAUCUUUUUUAAAGAAAAUUUUAAUCUCAGUUAAUUUGCAUAGCUACGUAUAAAGUUGGCAGUCUAAAUAUUUGCUGCUUAUAAAAAUGCUUUAGAAGCGGGUAAUUAAAUUUGAACAGAGUGUCUAAACCAAAACUUUUCCAUUAUUUCUUUGUUUUUUUGCUUCAUUUGUUCCGUUACUGUAAUGUCUUUCUCAUUAUUUUAUGCCUCUUAGCUUAAUGAAAACAAAGGUUCUUCGAUUAGCUAAUUUAUUGUAGCCUGGAAAAAUCUUAAAGAAUUGAAGUUAAAAAACCAGGACAUAACGUAUGAGAGAAAACAUUUCUUAACACUUCUAUCAAUGAUGCAUAUAUUAACGGUUCUAAGGUCCGCAAUUAUUCGAAUUAAGCUGUAGAUCGCUUACAUAUGUAAAGCAUACAGCUUUGAGUUAAGAUGAAGAGAAAUAACAAGUGAAUGCUCCUUAAAAGCCCCUGAAUGCUGGAGUUGGGUGGUAUCCGAUUUUAUGUUAAAUUUAUGCAACAGAAAGUCCUGCAUCCUCAUCAAAACCGAUACUCGUUUUUGUCUGCGACCCAGCAACCGAACCAUUUUGCUGCUUUCAAUUGUUGUUAUGAUUCUUACUUGCUACUUAAAUGGAGUGGAAAUUUACAUAAGAAGAGCAGCCAGUGGCAUAGCGAGGGGGAGACAAGAGGAGGGGGACGUCCCCCCCUCUACGAUGACAAAAAACUCUUUGAAAAAGGGCGUUUUCUGGCGUUCAAAAUGUGUGGACCCCCAAUUUUCUUUUGUUGAACUCGAAUCCCCACCUCUAAUCUUACCACCCUGGUUACGCUACUGGGCACAGCUAUAAUUGAAAAAAGUCUGUUGCUCUGUCAACUUCUAUGCAUAGAAAUGUUAUGAAGUGAAAAAUAAAUUCUUUGACAAAUUGUGCCGCUUCUUAAUUUUGUGGCUAAUUGCUUCUUUCAUAACAUUUUUUAGACAAGGCGCAUGUUUAUGUACAACUGUGUUUACAGCAGACUAGCGUAUGUGUCAAUUCGCGCAGUCCUGAAAUUCUUUGAAUAGGAUAUCAUAUAUUGUGAUUUUACAACGACUAGCCUGCGUGCGUAGAGUCUGCGCAACAGAGCCGCUUUUCUUGUUCGCUGACAUCAACAUUUCAUUUUAAGCACUAGAACAACAACUUCAUUAGCGUGCAAUGUUUUUCUGUAAUUUUAGUUGUUCAAAAGAGCAAACAGACCUAUUCAUCAUCCUGAUACCAUUCAUUUAUACUUCUGCUCGAAGGCGCCACUUUAAAAACUGAAAGAAAACAAAUGAGAUUCCCCAAACCAAUCAAAUUCGGUUCCUUGAUUUUGAGGAACCUUAUUUUUUUCCUAUUUUCAAUUUUGUCAACAGAGUCUGCACGCAGGCUAGCAACGAGUCGAUCAAAGAGUUAGGCAGUAUUUUUUAUCCCUUUAAUUGAGUUUGUGUUCUGUCAUUUUCUGACUUUUCUAAAAUUGACAACAUAAUUCUUUCGGAUCGAUAUUCUUCAUAAUAAAUGGGAUACUAUUAUUUUGGAUUAAGAAUCUUACUUCACAAAUGCACAGAAAAACUCUUUUUGUACUGAAAAAUGUCAACUCCAGUACUGAAGAGAACCACUUUCAUCAAGGGUAUGUAAGUAAAAUGCUUCAGUUUUUUAUGCUAUCCAAAACUACAAUCUUUUCGCAGCUUCAGCAAUAACAAAGCUCAAAUUAUCAAGCAUCUGGUCUCAGUUUGGUUAAAAUAAAGGCUGGAAAAACAUUUGGAUGCUAUGAAAGAACAGUGGCAGAUUAGACAAUUCUGUUUGAAGAAGACAAUAACGAGGUGAAAAGUCGAAUUCUUCACAGCAGUCUCUAUUUGACACGUUAAAACAAGUUCGUAGUUGCAUAACAUAUUCUGCAUGGAGUUGUUUUCCCUUAUAUCGGCUUAAGAAGUGCUACGAUAUUAGAACCACAACCUUCUGAUUGUUCAGCCAAAGCACUGCUGUUUUUUAUCAACUCUCUCAACAGAGAGCCUGUGUCUUGUGGAGUUCUGUGAAAGUAACGUGGAAAUAACAAAUGGAAGGCAGAUGGCACUGUUAUGUUGCUUGGCAUUCUCGGUACUUGCUCAAACAACAACACUACAAGGAAACAAUGCAGCCAUUUUUGUCUUCAAAUGUAGAAGUGAUGUCUAGUUGAUUGAAGCAUUUACAUUCAAAUAUUUUGGUGGUUCAGAAAAAUUGUAGAAAACUCGAGCAAUUUUGCAGUUCAAGCCAAGUCUCGCAGUUUUUCUUCUUUAUAGCUUGCUUCACUCGGCUGCGUGUUCAAUUAAAUGAACUUUCCUGCAUGCUAUUGUUGAUCAAAAUACUACUUGUUGCCGCUCAUUGUCCACUUUGAGGGAAUUGAAUUAAUUUCGAGAAGUCCAUCGGCUGUUGUUCGCAAAUCCAUUCUCAAAAGAUGCUCUGUUAUUGACUUUGAUUAUUUCUCGUUACUGCGACCUAUGACAAACAGGUCUCUUUUCGCAAAAGGAUAAAGCAAAAUUGUGAAAAUCUCAAGGUGGAAUGGCAGGCUCUAAGCAGCUAAAACGCAUGGAAAUGCACUAUUAUUUGGUUGCGUCAAAGCAGAAAGAAUAGAAAGCCUUCACGGAAUACGACUAUUAUUUAGUUUCUUUGUUGCCUUUUCAUUUUAGAUAAGUAAGAUGACAACUGAUUUGCCUGCAGAAAAACGCAAACGAGUGCGGAUCAUGGACGAAGUUAGCGACAUGGGCUACGUGAAAAGCGAGUAUGUUUCAGUAAAACAGGUGAAACUGCCUUCCCAAACAACUGGAAUAGUGUGUUUCAGUGCAAGACCAAGAAACUAUAAAAAUGUGCCAAGGAUGUCAGAGGAAAUGAAAAAUGUUAUGAGCUCUUUCCAAAGGCUAGAAGUCGAAGCAAGCGGUAACGAUAGCGAGGAAAUACAGGAAAAGAUACUGACGUAUGGAAACGGUAAUAUUCAAACGACUGUACAACUGGCAUGGAAAAGCAAGGCUACUCCAUCAAAGGGAGAAAGCGGAGACAGCACGACACUUCCAUCUUUACCUGGAACCUCCAAUGGGUUAAAUUUCAGUUCAACUGCUAGAAUUAUCUCUACGGUUCACUCGGCAACUAAAAAUAGAAAAGCUAAACCGAAAAUUAGAGACAUAACGAAAGAUACAAAUGUUCCACUAACUCGCACGACAUCCGAUGCAUCUUACAGCAGAAAAACAAAGUACUUAUUAAAUCGAUGUGCUGACGUAUACGGAAAAAUCAGCGAGAUUCACGACCACGUCAAGGUAAUCAGAUCUCGCAGCCUGCUUUCGCUUGACGACACGAUUGACACCGAUCCCCCCAAACGCAUACAGAACAAAAGCCAAAAAUAUAGAAACCAAUCUAGUCCUAGCUUGGAGCGGAUGAUUUAUCGAAGGGGGAUAAAGCAGCGGAGUCUGGAUGAUCGCAGAACUAGGGCUGCCUCACAAGAUGAAGAUAGUGAAGCAACUGUCAGCAAAAACGGAGCAGAAAAUUUCAGUACUCGACAAAGGUCUUCAACGUUCACAUGAAAAAUAUGUACUGAUUAUCAUUCAGCAAAAAGAUAUAGCUUUGUACUCUGCGGAUAAUAAUUGUUUUAAGAUGCAAUACUGACGACGGAUGGUAACGUACUUUACGUUAUCGUCAAGAGAAAUUCCUUGAAAAUUGGACAAUGAUAAUUCAUCGAUUGCAUUAUAUGAUUUUAACUUUAAAUCUUUUGUUUGCUUGCACAUCAUUUUUAUAAUUUAUCAAGCUUUUGGAGAAAGAGGUAACAAAAAGAGUAGUAUCCAGAAAAAUGGUAAAUUCAAAAUUAUGAUUCCAGUGGCUUAAAGUUAUUUUGAAAAGCUGCAGUAAUUUUUUCAGGCAUUUCAUUUUUCGAAAUGAAAGUACCUGAAUGAUAUGUCGGUUGACAUGUCUCAGAUAAAUGUUUUGUGCAAUGCUUCUAGGUUUCAAGUAGCACUGAAGAACCGAGGGGUGCAUUACUAUCUUCAAACAGUGUACCAGAUGGAUAGGAGUUUUAGGGAUUCUUGGAGGAUUUUUCUCAAAAACAAAAGAUCUCUCCUAAAGCGUACAAGAGUGUCGUGGAGUGAUAUGCCCCUCGAGAAGAACUCUCUCUAAAGUCAAAAUUCAUUGAUUUAUUAUUGUUGGAUUAUUGCUGGGAUGUAUAUUGUUUUGUUGAUCGAUUUAAACACGAACGCGUGUACGGAAUUAGAAUUUUAAAUGUUUUUUCGAGAAUAUAUUAUGGAUAUCGUUUUGUAGUUGUUUAUUUGGAAUCUCGAUUGUAGAUUCACUGUUUCCUAAGACGACUGGCUGAGAGAACCUUGAAAUCAUAACCAGUUUCUUUUUCUCUUGUUUAUCUUGAACUGAAUUUAUCGUAUGGGAACAUUGCUCGGUUUAAGUAUUCCGGCAGAAAUUGUUACUUUAAUUGAUUAUUUGGCAAUAUUACCCACCAUUUUUCACUUUUCAGUCCUUGACAAUAAAGUAAACCUUACUAACAGGCUACUGCAUACUCUUUGGAAGACUUUACCUGUUGUGUGAAAGUGAAAAAUACUAUUUUUUAGAUUUAUUAAUUCUUUAGAGUGAUUCCUUUUCUAAAACAACAUGAUUAGGAAAGUAGCCAAUUCAACUACAUACCUUUCUCGCUUGUGUGGUUCUGUCACUCGAUUAAAUGACUGCAUAUUAAGUACAUACCCGAGUCUAUAAUUUAAAGAGAAAAUGUAUGAGCCAUAAAAGAGCUACGUUUUCAGAACUGAAUCACAGUCUCAAAAUAGACCUUUAUGAUGAUAAGCAUCAGGGGUAUAAUAGUGGGGGCUAGGGGCUUACGGGAAAUGAGCAGAGAGGGUCCCUUUCCCUGUUCUUUCUUGAGAAUUACCGCUGGAAAAAGCAGAUAGGGAGCAUCUGAACGAGACGAGAGCAAAGUAGUAAGAACAAUUUUUUGCAUUGUAUUUGCUAAUAUUGCCUCAGUGU